AUGGCUAAGCUUUUUAUUGGCGGCCUUGCGUGGCACACCGACGAGGCGACUCUGCGCCAAAAGUUUGAAGAGUUUGGUGCCGUCGAAGAAGCGGUUGUGGUCAAGGAUCGAGACACUGGCCGAAGCCGCGGCUUUGGCUUUGUGCGAUACAACCAAGAUGCGGAUGCCCAGAAUGCCAUCUCCGCCAUGAACAAUGUCGAGUUUGACGGCCGAACAAUUAGAGUCGACAAGGCUUCCGACAACGGCCCCCGCGGCGGCGGCGGUGGAGGCUACGGACGCGGCCAGGGCGGUUACGGCCGUGGUGGCUAUGGCGGCGGCCCCCCUCAGUACGGCGGUCCUCCUCAGGGCGGCGGCUAUCCCAUGGGCCAGCAGAACGUCUACCCUCCUGUCGCUUACGGUCGCGGAUACCCCGCGCCGCAGCAGGGCUAUGCGCCUCCUCCUCAAGGAUACGGUGCUCCCCCGUAUGGCUACCCUGACCCGGCCAUGCAGCAGCAGCAGCAGCAGCAGCCGCCGCAGCAGCAGCCUCCCCAGGGUGGGCAAGGCUAUUAA